AUGGGGCUGUGUACUCUGGCCAGCCUGGCAGACCUGCACAGGUUUGUUUUGGCCUCCUCAUGGUACAGUGACUUCCCCACUGGCAUCUAUCCUGCCCGGGCGGGGGGUGGGGGAACCUCGGUGUCGCCGUCAGCGCACCAGGAAGGCCAGAGACCGGGAGAGUCAGACGUGGGGCGCUGGGACUCCAACCGCCCGCGCGGGUUCAGCAUUCGGGUCGACGGGCUGGGCCCGAAGGGGACGGCUGCGCGCGCGCCCGGGCCUGUGGAGAAGUCCUCAACCCUCCCCCGGCUUUUCCUCCUCUCGUCCUCACCGCCAGCUGUCCCAACGCCGCCAUACCUGCCACGGGCUCCGCGUCUCACGUUCCCCGCCCGAGGCACUCGCUCCACCGCCGGCGCCAGGCCUCUUCAAGCCGUUGCCCGCCGCGACAGCCUCAGCCUGCGCCUCCCGCCCCCGGAAACACUUCUCGGUUCCGCCCCCGAAACCGCCAGUGCUUCCGGAGGUGCUUCAACGAUAGAGCGGUGUGCGCAUGCGGGAUCACGCUCUGGGCGGGGCGUCAGGAGCGGACGCCGAGGUGUCCGCGCGUGUGCAGUGCGGGCUGGCGCAAACCCGGAUGAAUUGAAAACAAGGCGUCAAGACAGAUAUCAUGGCAGUACUCUUCCCAGUAGCCAGAAGGUGGAAGCAGCCUGGCGUCCAUCAAUGCCGGUGAUGGAUGGAUCAACACACUGUGGUGUGUACGUGCAGUGGAGAAGUAUUCAGCUUGAGAAGAAAGGAAAUUCUGGCACAGGCUUCAACACUCUGAGAUGA